UGCCUUCCACCCUCAGAUCAUCGCCUGAUCCACCCCCUGCUCGCCUGCCCCCUACUUUGGAAUAAUAGCGCUGUGUCACGGUCAUUACUAGUACGUCUUCCACUUAGUUCCGAGGACCGAAUAGACACAAGACAUCGGCCGGGCACGGAACUCCUGCACUGCAUAUGCAUCCGCACAUCUACUUGGUACCAUCAUCACGCAAGCCAGCUCUUACCUCGAAAGAAACAACAGCCAAAAUGCGCACGCUCAGCGGCGCGCUCUUUCUCGCCCUGCUUGCCUCCACGGCGCUGGCCGGCCUGCAGAACCCUUCCGCGCCGGCACUGCAGACGCUGGCGGACCUGACGCGACCUGACGGGCAGAAGCACCUCGCUGCUGACUACAUUCCGUCGAGCGCGACGUACAGCGAGCCGGUCGACAAGUCUGGCGGCGGCGUCGCGUGGCGCGUGCAAAAGGACCAGGACCAGCACAAGUCCAGCGUCGCGCACCUCAUCAACGGCCUCGCCAACAACCUACCCUUCAGCCUGCUGCCUGUCUCCCAGCAGCAGGCAAAGCCGGCCGCCAAGGCUGCUGCUGGGAGCGAAAGCAGUAGCGUUAGGCCAGCAUCAGACUCUAUCAGUUUCGUGAAGCAGAACGUUGCUUCGGCUUUUAGCCCCAUCAACCCGCCUAGCAUCCCGCUCGCAGUCCGCAGCCCUUACUUGAGCACCUGGCUGCCAUCCGGCUCUUUCUCCUCGGCUACACCGCCAAAUCACCAGGGCAACGGAGGCUAUCUGUACGGUCAAUACCCCGCCUUCUGGACCUCGUCCUACGGUGCGGAUGGCGAGUUUCGUCUCGGGUGGACCGGCUACAUCCGCAUUAAUGGCAAGACGUACCAGUGGAUGGGAGACGGCUUCGGCACGCUCGUCCCCGAUGGACCGAAUGCGCAACAGCUGAGCAUGGAGUACACUGCCACGCGCUCCACGUUUGCCUUCAAAGCGGCCGGCGUCAAGUUCACUGUGACAUUCAUGACGCCCAUCACGCCGAACGACUACCUGCGCCAGUCGCUGCCGCUCUCGUACAUGCACUUCGAGCUAGACCCCAAGACGGCCAAGGGAAAGGACAUCCAGAUGUACACCGACAUUGAUGAGCGCUUCGUCACGGGCCACGACUACGACUACGAAAACUAUCCGUACAAUAUGCAGUUUAUUAACACCAACGGCACCAGCAUGUACCUCAUCCAGCGCAACAACCCGCAGGUGUACACCGAGUAUCGCCAGCGCGCCGAGUGGGGCAGCGUCGCGUACGCUGUCAAAAACACGCCGGGCCUCAGCAGCAGGAACAACAACAACGUUGUCGCACAGAGCGAGUUCCUGCAGAAAGGCAAUCUCACCUUCGACCAUGGCCCUGUUGGCGGGCCGGACAACUCAUUCGCCUUUUCGGUCAACUUCUCCGCGCCUGGCGCAAAGAACGAUCUCGUCUUUGCUAUUGGGCACCUGCGCACGCCGUAUGUCAACUACAUCAAGCCCGUCCCCGGCGCGCCGGGUAAGUCGUACCAGCAAGACCGGUACGGGUACUGGCAAACCAAGUACCCCAACUUUAACGACGCUGUCUCCUUCUUUGUCAACGACUUUGCCGGCGCGCUCGCUGGCGCCAUGGAAUUCGACAAGAUGAUCCGUACCGACAGCCAGAACGCCGCCGGUGGCGGCGCCGUCGGCGACAACUACGCCGCCAUCACCGAGCUCUCCGUCCGCCAGGCAAUGGCCACUAUCGAGAUCACCGUCUCUCAGGACGAUACCGGCGCGUAUAACAAGUCCGACACGCUCAUCUUCCUCAAGGAGAUAUCGUCCAACGGUGACAUGUCCACCGUCGACGUCAUCUUUCCCCUGUUCCCGCUCCUCUCGUACCUCAACCCCAGCCUUCUGCGCGACCUUAUGAAGCCUAUCUUCGAGUACACCGAGUCCGGGCUGUACCCGAACAAGUGGUGUGUCCAUGAUCUGGGCGUUUACCCGAAUGCAUUUGGCCACAACGACGGCAACGACGAGCCGAUGCAGGUAGAGGAGAGCGGCAACAUGAUCCUAAUGACGCUUAACUGGGCCCAACUCGUCGGCAAGAAGGCCGCCGUCCCCUUUCUCAAGGCUCACUACAAGAUCAUGCAGCAGUGGGCCAGUUUCCUCAUCUCCGAUUCUCUUGUCCCUGCCGAGCAACUCUCCACGGACGACUUUGCUGGCACGCUCGCGAACCAGACGGACCUGGCCAUCAAAGGAAUCGAGGGCAUCUCCGCGAUGGGCUACAUUGCCGACUUGAUCGGACAGACAGAUGACGCCAACAGCUACCACAACACGUCGCUUUCGUAUGUCAAGCUAUGGGCCAACUAUUCGAUCUCCCACGACGGCUCGCACCUCAAGCUCGCGUACCAGGCCGACAGCUCGUGGGGCACCUUGUACAACCUGUACUUCGACCGCUUGCUCAACCUGCGCCUCGUCCCCAAGAGUAUCUACAACAUUUUGGACAACUGGUACCCCACCGUCGCGGGCCAGUACGGCGUGCCACUCGACAGUCGGCACACGUGGGCCAAGACGGAUUGGCAGAUGUUCGCCGCAGCGACGGCGGCCAAGAAGAGCACGCGCGACCUGUUCAUCAACAAACUGUACAAGUUCGUCUCCAACGGCCGCACCGACUCGCCCUUCACGGACCUGUUCGAGACGACGACGGGCGACACACCUAAGGGCCGGCCGAACGACAAUGACCACUACAUUCACUUCCUCGCGCGUCCCGUCGUCGGAGGCCACGCCGCGCUUAUGCUCCGCGACAAGGCCGACGAAGCCAACGGUAUCACGCAAUACCAGUACGGCCCCGAGUUCGCACACAAGGCCGUCACGCAGGCGCAGGUCGUUGACGCGCUCACCAACACUGCCGCGGCGGACCCGGCUAUCACCGACAGCACUGCCGCCCCCUCCCCCGAUGCUGCAAAGCGACUCGCGGUGCACCCUGGCAAGAAGCAGGUCGCUUUCGGCGUCAAGCAGCGUCACUGAGCGCGGGGCUCUUCUUUGGGCUCUGCUCGAGCACUUGCACCUGUCUGCGCACCGUUUUGUCGUCGAUUUCUCGCGGCUGCCGAGCCACGGCAACCGCUGGCUGCAAAAGGUCGCCUGCUUUCUACACAGUUGCUUCAUAUUACUUGUAGCCUAUACAAUGGCA